AUGAUGUCGUACCUGAAAGUAAUGAUCAUAUGGAACAUACUUUGCGUAUCCAUGGUGAUCCUUUCACUGUCCUUGAUUCAAGAAGUGUCUUCUGAAGCACUCUCCUGCAAAGGACGUUGCUUUGAAGCCUUUGAAAGAGGAAGAGAGUGUGACUGUGACGCAGACUGUGAAAGAUAUGGCAAAUGUUGCCCAGACUACACAGAACACUGUAAAGAGGCACACACAGAAAAGGCAUCACCAAAAACUCCUCCAGCAAACAAAUCAGCAUCUAAAAGGUCAUCCAAAAAUGAGGAAGAGAAGUCAGAGGAAGUAACGCAGCCCCAUGAAGUUAUGGAAGAUAAUGGCAGUGGACUGGAAAAUAAAGCGACCAGUCCUGCACCAACUACAAAACACCCCGAUACAACCACAACAAUCAAAGCAACUACGUCAGGUCCAAAACCCACUUUACCACCUACUACAAGUACUACCAUAAAAGCAACAACUACCAAAGAGACCACAAUGGGUCAGAAAGAUACCCCUGCGACAACAGCAGCACCAACGACCAACGCAGACUCUCCCACCACCCAGAAGCCUGAAGACACAACCCCUGAAGCCACAGAGGCACCACUGACAGAAGCAGACUAUCCCACCACUGCUAAGGUUGAAGAUAUGACUGCUGAGGCCACAGAGAAACCAAUGACCGAAGCAGAAUCUCCCACCACCACCCCCAAAGCAGAAGGCACAACCCCUGAAGCCACAGAGGCACCAACGACCAAGGCAGACUCUCCCACCACCCCCAAACCUGAAGACACAACCCCAGAGGCACCAACGACCAAGGCAGACUCUCCCACCACCCCCAAACCUGAAGAAACAACCCCUGAAGCCACAGAGGCACCAACGACCAAGGCAGACUCUCCCACCACCCCCAAACCUGAAGACACAACCCCAGAGGCACUAACAAACGAGGCAGACUCCCCCACUGCCCCUAAACCUGAAAACACAACCCCAGAGGCACCAAUGACCAAGGCAGACUCUCCCACCACCCCAAAACCUGAAGAAACAACCCCUGAAGCCACAGAGGCACCAACGACCAAGGCAGACUCUCCCACCACCCCCAAACCUGAAGAAACAACCCCUGAAGGAACAGAGGCACCAAUGACCAAGGCAGACACCACCACCCCCAAACCUGAAGAAACAACCCCAGAGGCCACAGAGGCACCAACGACCAAGGCAGACUCUCCCACCACCCCAAAACCUGAAGACACAACCCCUGAAGCCACAGAGACACCAAUGACCAAGGCAGACACCACCACCCCCAAACCUGAAGAAACAACCCCAGAGGCCACAGAGGCACCAACAACCAAGGCAGACUCUCCCACCACCCCCAAACCUGAAGAAACAACCCCUGAAGCCACAGAGGCACCAACGACCAAGGCAGACUCUCCUACCACCCCCAAACCUGAAGACGCAACCCCUGAAGCCACAGAGGCACCAACGACCAAGGCAGACUCUCCCACCACCCCCAAACCUGAAGAAACAACCCCUGAAGCCACAGAGGCACCAACGACCAAGGCAGACUCUCCCACCACCCCCAAACCUGAAGAAACAACCCCUGAAGCCACAGAGGCACCAACGACCAAGGCAGACUCUCCCACCACCCCCAAACCUGAAGAAACAACCCCUGAAGCCACAGAGGCACCAACGACCAAGGCAGACUCUCCCACCACCCCAAAACCUGAAGAAACAACCCCUGAAGCCACAGAGGCACCAACGACCAAGGCAGACUCUCCCACCACCCCCAAACCUGAAGAAACAACCCCUGAAGCCACAGAGGCACCAACGACCAAGGCAGACUCCCCCACCACUCCAAAAGCUGAAGACACAACCCCAGAGGCACCAACGACCAAGGCAAACUCCCCCUCCACCCCCAAACCUGAAGACACAACCCCAGAGGCACCAACGACCAAGGCAGACUCUCCCACCACCCCCAAACUUGAAGACGCAACCCCAGAGGCACCAACAACCAAGGCAGACUCUUCCACCACCCCAAAACCUGAAGACACAACCCCUGAAGCCACAGAGGCACCAACGACCAAGGCAGACUCUCCCACCACCCCCAAACCUGAAGACACAACCCCUGAAGCCACAGAGGCACCAACGACCAAGCCUGUGACACCCACCACCCCAAAAGCUGAGGAGACAACCCUGGACGCCAGAGAGGCACCAACGACCAAGGCAGACUCUCCCACCACCCCCAAACCUGAAGACGCAACCCCAGAGGCACCAACGACCACGGCAGACUCUCCCACCAUCCCCAAACCUGAAGACACAACCCCAGUGGCACCAACAACCAAGGCUGACUCCCCCACAACCCCAAAAGCAGAAGACACAACCCCAGAGGCCACAGAGGCACCAACAACCAACGCUGACUCUCCUACCACCCCUAAACCUGAAGACACAACCCCGGAGGCUCCAACCACCAAGGUAGACUCUCCUACUACCCCUAAACUGGAGGAGGCAAAGGCAGACUCUCCCAACACCCCUGAGGUUAAGGGGACUACCCCUGCAGCUACUGAGGCUGACACCACUGCCAUACAGAAAACAACACCUCUUGAAAUGACAACUACUGUCCCUGGAUUAGUAACAACUGCUAAAAAAGACAUAACCACUCAAAGCCGUGAGGUGGUCACAACUAGGAAGGAAACACCCAUACCUGAAGCAGACACGACAGUUUCAGAAACAACCUCAGAGAAGAAAAUUACAACUCCUGCACCCAAAGUAGCAACCAGCACAACUGUAAAAGACACGACUACAGCAGUAGAAAGGAUAGUGGUGACUGCAGCUAGGAAUACUGAGAUUGUAAGAAUACCGGACAAAAAAGAUAAAACAACAGCUAAAACUGUUUCUACUCCUAUAACCAAAGAGACAACAACUAAAAUAGAAACAACCACUGUGAACAAAGACAUAACUACACCUAAGAAAGACAAAACUACUGUGCUUAAAGACAUUUUAACAACAAAAAGUAGGAAAUACACAACUACUGUAACUACGGUUAUAACAGCUAAACCAGAUGACUCUCCUAAAGUUAAGGAUGAUAUUCCCAAUAGAACUCCUACAGCCAAGGAAGCUGUCACUACAGCAGCUGAAUCAGAAGCAACUACUGCAGACAAAAAGACUACAACAACGGCUGCAGAAAAAGAAGCAAGCCCAGCUAAACAAGACAAGACUCCCAUACCAAAAGAGACUUUAACAGCUAAAAAAGAAGAAAACCCUGUGGCAACAGCAACUGUAACAACAGCAGCCACAGCAGCUACAACUCCAUUGCCCAAGCCCACUGUGUUGGCAACAACUGCCAAAACAGAUUCAACUCCUAAACCCAGGGAGAUUGUAACAACAAAUAAAAGAGACACAACUAUGGAAACUAAGCAGACAGUAACAGCAGCAGCUAAAGAGAGCACAAGUAGUAUUUGUGUUGUAGAGACAACAACAGCUAGUAAAGACGUAACAACCAUCAAAAAAACUAGCAUCACACCUGAAAAAGAAAUGGGAGAUGACACUGAAAAGGCCCCUACUAUUGACAAAGGAAAGGAAACUACAGUAACCAAACAGACCACUACAAGAGAUAAAAAAGACACCAUAGAAGAAAUGUUUAUUGUUUCUAAAGGGACAUCCAAGCCAACUAUACAUUUCCAGGAGGUUACUGACACAAGAGACGAGCCUCAUCCAGCCAACCCUGAAACUCUGCCAAUAAAAGAGGAGCCCGACACAAACAACAAGCCUUUAAUACAAACUGCGGACUUGCCAAUUUUAACUGGAGAAACACAAGGUAAUUGCAUUCCAAAAGACCUGUGCAGCGGGAAGCCGGCAGAUGGCAUGGUGGCCCUGCCGAACGGCACCCUGGCAGUAUUCCGAGGUCACUACUACUGGCUGCUGAACGGCAGGAGCCGGCCGACCACCAGCCCCCGCCGAAUCAGCGACGGCUGGGGCAUCCCGUCCCCCAUCGACGCCGUGUUCUCCAGGUGCAACUGCGAUGGCAAGACCUUCUUCAUCAAGGGUCCCCAAUACUGGCGUUUCACUAAUGGUGUUAUGGAUAAAGGCUAUCCCAAACCUCUUGCAAACGGAUUUGCAGGCCUACGUGGGAAAAUAGUAGCAACCCUCCCCGUGGCAAGAUACAACAACAGACCAGAAUCUGUUUAUUUUAUCAAAAAAGAUGGCAAUAUGCAACAGUAUGUGUACAAACAAGAACCAGCCAAGAAGUGUCACAGAAGAACCCAGGUUACCAUAAGAUACCCAGCUUAUGUCCCAAGACUUGUAAUAAGGAGACGCUUUCAACGUGCAGUAAGAAUGCCAACCGUUAUUCAGACUGUCAGAGUCAACCCGUAUCCAUCUGGAGUUUUGCAUAAGGAAAUCAAAAUGACUGCCUACUGGAGAGGGCUCCCGAAAGUUAUUCAUUCAACUAUAUCACUACCCAACUACAAUAAGCCAGAUGGCUACGAUUAUUAUGCCUUCUCUUACAGUAAGUUAAAGCUAAUACAAGUUACUAUGUAUCUCAAAAGACUAGGGGAUGGGGAAGAAAGAAGCCCAUAUCGGUACUACAGUUUGGAUGUUGGCAGAAGAAUAGCAAGACCUGUUACCGCUCUCACAGGAAAGACUGUAUCCAAAGACUGGUACAACUGUCCUAGCAAGUGA